AUGUCAAAGGGAAUAAAUGGUGGAGAUGUAAAGCGCCGCAAGUUGACGAAUGGCGAUCAACGUUCGAAGUCCGCGUCUCGAAUUUUUGUCCCCUUCAGAACUGUCGGCUUGGUCUGCUCUACACACGUUCCAUUCACAUCCCUCCCUCUCGGGAAGACAACGUUCCAGAUUACCACCUCUGUUGGCCGAUGUCUCCAUACAUACGAUCUUCGGAGGGGCCUCAAUCUUGUCUUCCUGACCCGCCCGCAGACUCCUGCGGAGAUCGCAGCAACAUGUGCGUGGAAAGACAGAGUCUUUGCCGCGUGGGGUGGCCAAGAUGAGGAAGAUGCUGGUAUAUGGGUUUUCAAGAGAGGGAAGAAAGUGGGAGAACUAGAGCCAGUGGGAGGCACUCCAGAAGCAAUCAAGAAAAUAGUAGUGUUCGGUCAAUGGAUCGUUGGCUGCGGCUCGAGACGACUGGAGGUGUGGAAAGCGGACAAUUAUGAGCACUACACCACAAUCACCCCGGUUGGCACCAAGGGUGAUGCUGGCAGCCCACUCACAGGCGAUGUGUGUAGCAUGCCGACGUAUCUCAACAAACUUCUUGUUGGGAAGCGUGACGGAACCGUUGAUGUAUGGAAUAUCAUGACAGCUCUUGAGCCUAGCCCAGCCCUGUCCAUACUUGCAAUAGCGCGAGCAGAUGGCUCAAUCUUGCUCCACGAUAUUGGCAAGGAUAAGGUGGUUCUGAAAUUGAAUGCAAACUCGGGCCGAAAUUCAGCUAUUGACUCUAUAUCGUUUCGCACAGAUGGCCUGGGUGCAAGUGGUGACGACAGCAAGCCAGGACUUAUGGCUACGGCUAGUAAAGGCAGUGGAGAUGUAACUUUUUGGGACCUCUACGAUGGUGGACGGGUCAAGGGGAUCUUGCGUGGAGCACAUGAUCUACCACCAUCUUCGGUAGAUAAUUGUGGGAUCAAUCGCGUCGAGUUCUUGCCGGGCCAAGAUGUCAUAAUCACAAGUGGCAUGGAUAAUACUCUAAAGUCAUGGAUCUUUGAUGCCAAAGCCUUGUCUCCUAUACCUCGCAUCCUACAUUCCCGAGGCGGGCAUGCUGCUCCUGUCACCAAAUUAAGCUUUGUGCCUUCAAAUUCUGAGGGAUCAGACGCUUCAGGGAAGUGGAUUAUGAGUGCCGGUCGAGAUCAAAGUUUAUGGGGGUGGAGUCUUCGGCGUGAUGGACAGAGUACGGAAUUGAGUCAAGGUAAAGUCCGCAGUAAAGCGAAGAAAUUGGGAUCGCUUAGCAAAAGCUUGGAAAACGGAGUCUCGAGUACACUGGAAGAUCUGAAAGCUCCUGAAAUCACCAGUAUUGCUUGCUCAUUGAACCGAGAUGGCGGCAUGGGCGCAGCUGCAGGAGGCGGCAGCGUGUGGACCAACACUACGUCGAAAAAGACGCCCGUCGAUACCUCAGCAAUCAGUAUGACAGGCUGGGAGAGUAUUGUGACUUCUCACAAAGGAGACAGUACUGCAAGGACAUGGUUUUGGGGACGGAAAAAAGCAGGUCGGUGGGCCUUUGAGUCGGGCGACGGGACUGAGGUCACGACUGUUGCUAUUACGGCUUGUGGUACCUUUGCUCUGAUUGGGUCUGCUGGUGGCAGCAUAAGCAUGUUCAACUUGCAGUCUGGCAUCUUAAGACAGAAAUACCCAGCCGCCCUCUCACCUGCGCAAGCCAGGAAGUUGAAAGCCGGCUUGGGCAACGGUGAUACUAAUACAACGAAUAGAUCGACAAAAUUUCCUCCGGGUCUAGGCAAGCACACCAAGGCUAUUACUGGGAUCAUGGUUGAUGCUCUGAACCGCACUGUUAUUAGCUGCAGUCUCGACGGCAAGAUCAAGUUUUGGGAUUUUAUGAAAGGCUUGCUCCAAGAAGAAUUGAAUUGGGCUCCAAUGACUUCCAUAACAUCUCUAAAAUUUCAUCGACAUAAUGAUUUGAUAGCAGCAGCUUGCGAUGACCUAUCCAUUCGUGUUGUAGAUAUUGAGACCAAGAAAACAAUCCGAGAGCUUUGGGGCUGCUUCGGUCAGAUAAGCGAUCAUUGCUUCUCGAACGAUGGUAGGUGGAUCAUCGCAGCUUCAAUGGAUUCCGUCAUAAGAACCUGGGACUUACCUACUGGCCACCUGAUAAACGCAUUUCAGACCGAGAGCCCUUGUACUUCGCUCGCAUUCUCUGAAACUGGAGAAUAUCUCGCAACAGCACAUGCCGAUUCGGUAGGCAUAAACAUUUGGAAUAAUCGAACCAUUUUCACCCACGUCCCAACUCGCCCGAUCAAAGAUGACGAGAUUCUUCCAGCAACAGCUCCGACUUCCUCCGGAGAGGGAGGUCAGGCACUGAUCGAAGCGGCCUUCGACGAUGAUGAAGAAAAGGAAGACGACGAGAAUGAUAUAGACGCGGGUCCAUUACCGGUUGAUGACCUAGCUUCGGAACUUCUCACGCUUAGCUUGGUGCCGAAAUCACGCUGGCAAACUCUGGUCAACAUCGAUCUUGUUCGUGCUCGCAACAAACCCAAAGAACCUCCAAAAGCGCCAGAGAAAGCCCCUUUCUUCUUACCUUCCAUUGACAGUUCUAAGCCGCAAAAAGCCAUCAACGAACCUGCAGGCCAAAACCUCGACGAGCAACUUACACCAGCUGAGCGUUCUCGCAUUAGCAAGGUGGCCACUACCACCUUGAGCGAUUUCACCAAUCUUCUCCGAUUCUCUACCCAAGAUGGUGAUUACAAAGCCUUCAUCAGUCAUCUGUCAGAGCUAUCACCCAGUGCUGCAGACAUUGCAAUACGCACGUUGGAUUUGGCGGAAAUGACAGGUUUCGUUAACGCACUGACGUGGCGAUUGAAGCAGAGACGCGAUUUUGAGCUGGUACAAGCAUGGAUGAACGUCUUUUUAAAGCUGCACGGCGACGUGAUAGCCGGUGGAAGCGAUGAAGCCGGAGAAGAGAAACCAGCUCUUAUAGCGGCUUUGCGAGAAUGGAGAGGCGUGCAGGACGAAGAAAGAAGAAGGCUGCAAAGGCUUGUGGGUUUCAUAAGUGGAACCAUUGAAUUCUUGAGAAGCGGAAGAUAG